AUGGUCUACCGCCUAGCUUGCAGGACAUUUUUUACAAAAGUAAGCUGUAACAGUUUUGUUGGUUUAGAAAACACCUACCACAGGUAGUUGGCUGCCGCUCUGUUUACUUCCAAAGUAUUAGUUAACGCGUAACAGCGCGAGAGGAGAGCAGCUGCCACUGGCCACAAACUAACUUUGUAGAUUGAGCGACGCUGCCGUGCGAUUAGCAGCGGCAAUGUCUCAAGAACCAGCUAGCGAAGAUCUGUUCGUGGCCACACCACCUCUGGGAACGUUUGAUAGUCCUGGUUCAGAUUCGAUCGUUUCCAGUGGGCUGAAGCAAGAAUAUGAGGAACUGAUCAGCCAUGCAAUAGUUGUGCCAAACAUACUACUUCAAACUCGUCAACCGGUACAAAGUUUAGAGGAGUCCGUAAGGCGAGAGCUGGCUGCUAGCAGACAACGAGGAUCCACUCACCAGGCAGCUAGUACUGGCUCACCACUUUCCCUGGCGCAAGAGAUACACACACUGAGCGAAUCAGAGUCAUCAUCUUCAACGUCCAGUGUUGAAUGGGCUAACGUGCCGACAGCAAGCACCGGACCACAAACUUCCACUCUGCGGACCAAUGGCCACCCUGGUGGAGAUCGGCGCCAAUUGCUACAGCAGCAACGGCAGCAAGAUGUGUCCGAUCACUCAUCCAACACAUCUAGCUGCAGCACAUCAUCACUGGAUCUCAUGCCUAACCAUACCCACAAUAACAUACCAACAUUGGCUGGCAAUAGACCGACACAGCAGCAGCAGCAGCAGCAGCAACAGCAGCACACUAUGUAUACACGUGUGGAUUAUCAGGAGGUGAGCAACACUCCAGGGAUGUUACUAUAUUGGGAGUUACCGAGGUCACCUGUAGGAGGAAUACGGCCUGAUAUAACUGCUAGUGGGGUUGCUACAACCGCCAGUGGUAUUCACACGAUAAGAGAGACUAGGCCAAGCAGUGGACAUGAUGAGGAUGCAGAGAGGCUGGAAGGGCAGAUUGAUGCAAUGACGAAUGACUUGAAGCAAUGUAUUCUGGCAGAGUUUGCCCAGGCCAAAGCAAAGUAUCUACAGAAGUCUCGUCUCGAAAGCGGAGCAGAAAGAGAAAGACACGCUGCCAAAGUCAGUCGUCUUCGUCAUGAAAUGGAGGAGUUACGGCAGUUAACCAGCACACUAGAAGAUAGUUUGAAGCACAAAGAUCAAGUCAUCGAGAACUUGACACAGAGCCUAAAGAAACAAGCGGAUCAACUUCAAUUGCAGAAAUCAUUUGGCCAAUGGCAAGCCAAUCACAGCAGUACAAAGAGAGAGGAAUUCACUGCAAAGCUGGCAACACGCCACUACAAGAAGUGCCUGAAACGCAAAGUCUACAACGCCUGGAGAAGUGUGCUUGUGCAGAGGUGGAAGCAACAUGUCGAGAAAGCAUGUCAGGCCAAGGCAACAAGUGUCUGUAAGGAACUAGCUGAAAAGUAUGAAGAAGAGCUGCGCCAGGCACACGAGUUGCUCGAUGCAGAGCGCGGCUGCGUGCAAAAGUUGCACGAGGAAAGAGGCGAGUACGAAGCGAGGAUGAAGCGCGCCUUUAUGCGUGGUGUAUGCGCACUCAACAUGGAGACUAUGGAUAUGUUCAAGCCGGAGGGCAGCACCAACGCUGGGCUCUAAAGAAUCAGCACAGCUAUAUUCUGCUCACAUUCUUGCACUAAACGGAAAAGUUGUAACACUAGUAGUUUAUACAGUACAGUACUCAGUAGUGAUCAUUGUCACAUUCCACCACAUCCUGCUACUGUGUGCAUGCUACCUAUACUGACGAAUGCCUAUCAGUACUAGUUAGCUGCUGUUGACGUUGACACCUUUGCCUUGACUAACCUACGUAGAUACUAGAUAGCUAUUACCUCGAGUGAAUCAUCCCGUGCAGAUAUCUGUAUCGACCCACCAGACACAUGUUAUCGGAGCUGCAUGUACCAAUGCCCACUACUUGCUCGGACUUCAGCCAUAUUGGGGCAAUUCACAGCAACCAUUUUCUGUACAUGUAUGCCACAAACUACCAGUUACAGCUGAUUUAUUUGUUCGUGAAUUUUUGAUCUAUAUUGUCGAGAAUUUCCAAUGCACACAAUGAUAUUUUCUUCUUACUUCAAAGUGAAAAGAGAAGACGGCAACAAUGGUUGCUGGUUGCUCGGUGAGGCUAGUAGCUGCCCACGUGUGCCCGAAACACAGAGCAAUGGGCUAGCUUAAUGACUGAAGGAAAGCGGCCAGCAGUAGCACGCAGACUCUCAACACACGGAUCCAGACACAUGUUAUCGGAGCUGCAUGUACCAAUGCCCACUACUUGCUCGGACUUCAGCCAUAUUGGGGCAAUUCACAGCAACCAUUUUCUGUACAUGUAUGCCACAAACUACCAGUUACAGCUGAUUUAUUUGUUCGUGAAUUUUUGAUCUAUAUUGUCGAGAAUUUCCAAUGCACACAAUGAUAUUUUCUUCUUACUUCAAAGUGAAAAGAGAAGACGGCAACAAUGGUUGCUGGUUGCUCGGUGAGGCUAGUAGCUGCCCACGUGUGCCCGAAACGCAGAGCAAUGGGCUAGCUUAAUGACUGAAGGAAAGCGGCCAGCAGUAGCACGCAGACUCUCAACACACGGAUGUGUGCUCUCAACACACGGAUGUGCUCUCUCUCUCUCUCUCUCUCUCUCUCUCUCUCUCUCUCUCUCUCUCUCUCUCUCUCUCUCUCUCUCU